AUGAUGGGUCCUGUGUGCUACUUUGGACAUGUUGUGAUCCUGUCUGGCCUGCUGACUGACCACCAUGACCUGCAGAUUGAGCACUACAUAGCCCUUGAGCUCAUGGAGUGCAACCUCAAGGAGCUUGUCCAGUUGUGGCACUUGCAGGGCAUGCUCAGUGGCCGGCCCACCCACUUUCUCACCUGCCAGUAUGCUGUGGGAUCAGUGCUGCGCACUCUGGACGACCUCUGGUGGGGCCAUGGUGGUCUUGUGCAUUGUGACAUCAAGCCAGAGAAUAUUCUGGUCAACACCAUGAAGCAGAUCAAGCUCAUUGACUUUGGCAUCGCCAAAGAGCUCAGCAGCAACACCACCACUAACACCACAGGCGUCCUUUCUGGGACCUACAUGUACGCGGUGCUGGAGCAGUUGCUGGGAAAGCAUGCAGUGCUGACCAGCAACCUGCGAGGAGAACUGGCCACCAGGCAGCUGUUCAAUUGGCCACGCCUGGCUGAGGUCAUCCUGUGGCCACACAAGCUUGCUGCCAUGCGCCACCUGCUUGAGAACCUGCUCAUGGCCAACCCACACACCCAUGCCUGGUACGACCUGAGCCUCAAGCGCAAGAAGCAGUGCCAUGAGAACAUCCUGCGCCACCCAUUCUUCUGGAAUGACCGCCAGGCCACCAACUUCCUCAUCACACUGGGCAACCUCCACAGCUACAACUUCCCCAACAAACUCAGAUCAUUGUGA